UGUUAGUCAAAGCCAAAAUGGCGCAAGGCGGAGAGCUGCAGCAGCAGCUGGAAUCGGUUCGAAAUAUAAACGGAACCGUUACCCGUCCAGAACCGUGAGGGAUCCCUGUUCGGUGACCGGAAACAAACGGAGAAGAACUGCCAACCCUCGGGGCGCUCGCGGACUCUAGCAGUGGGCGUGGCCUUCGAAAGAAACCGUUCUGAUUGGUUGUUCAGGAGGUGAUGGAGUGGAAGAGACACAUCUCAGAGCAGCUGAAGCUCAGAGACCGAAUUCAGAGACAAACAUUCGAGGAGAUCGUCCACCAGUACAAUCGUCUCCUGGAGAGAUCGGACCUGCAAACCGUCCUCACAGAGAGAUACCAGACAGACAAAUAUGAUGUCCAAAGGGGACAUGAGGCCGGACCGGUGGACUCGACCCUGCAGCAGGAAAUGGCUCAGAUGAGGAUUCGCCAUCAGGAGGAGCUGACGGAGCUGCACAAAAAACGAGGAGAGCUGGCUCAGAGUGUGAUCGAGCUCAACAACCAGAUCCAACAGAAGGACAGAGAGAUCCAGAGCAAUGAGGCCAGGAUGUUGGAAUAUCAGCAGCAGGUCUCCAGCCUGGAGGGAGACUGUCGGGAGCUGAGGAACAGCCUGCAGGAGCUGGAGCAGGCCAAUCAGACGCUGAAGGACGAGUAUGACGCCCUGCAGAUCACCUUCUCAGCUCUGGAGGAGAAACUGAGGAAGACCACAGAGGACAACCAGGAGCUGGUGUCCCGCUGGAUGGCUGAGAAGGCUCAGGAGGCCAACCGACUAAACGCAGAGAAUGAGAAGGACAGCAGGCGCCGACAGGCCAAACUGCAGAAGGAUCUGGCUGACGCCGCCAAGGAACCGCUCCCCAUCGAGCCGGACGACGACAUUGAGGUGCUGGCUGAGGACGGAGGGAACGGAGCAGGAGAGACAUCCCCCAACCGGCCGAUGGGCAAGACUCUGAGCAGGAAGACAUCCCAGCCGCCUCCCGCUGGACUUCUCGACUCCAUCUCUAACAUGUUUGGCAGGCGUCGAUCUGCCAACUCCUUCAGCACAUCGCCAGAUCCCACCGAGACGCCUUCAGGAGUGUGCGCAGAGGUCCGAGUGCCGUCCACAGCGCUGCAUGUGUUUGAAGCCCAUGACGGUGAGGUAAACGCUGUGAGGUUCAGCCCCAGUUCCCGUCUCCUAGCAACAGGAGGGAUGGACCGCAGGGUGAAGCUGUGGGAGGUGGUCGCAGGUCGCUGUGAGGCUAAAGGUGCGCUGACCGGCAGCAACGCUGGAAUCACCAGCAUCGAGUUCGACAGUGCUGGAUCCUACCUGCUGGCUGCCUCCAAUGACUUUGCCAGUCGGAUCUGGACCGUGGAUGACUACAGACUGAGGCACACCUUGACGGGUCACAGCGGGAAGGUGCUGUCCGCUCGCUUCCUCUUGGACAACGCCCGCAUUGUGUCGGGGAGCUACGACCGCACGCUCAAACUGUGGGACCUGCGCAGCAAAGUCUGUAUGAAGACUGUGUUUGCUGGCUCCAGCUGUAAUGACAUUGUGUGCACGGAGCAGUGCGUCAUGAGUGGACACUUCGAUAAGAAAGUCCGGUUCUGGGACAUCAGGGCAGAGAGCAUCGUACGGGAAAUCGAGCUCAUGGGUCGGGUGACGUCUCUGGACCUGAACCACGACCGCACCGAGCUGCUCACCUGUUCCAGAGACGACCUGCUGAAGAUCAUCGACCUGCGCACCAAUGCCGUCCGGCAGACCUUCAGUGCUCAGGGCUUCAAGUGCGGAGCUGACUGGACCAGAGUCACCUUCAGUCCUGACGGCAGUUACGUGGCUGGAGGAUCAGCCGAAGGAACUCUGUACAUCUGGAACGUCCUGACGGGGAAGGUGGAUCGAACUUUGGACCGACACCACAACUCUGCCAUCAACUCAGUGUCGUGGUCGCCGUCGGGAACAUACGUCGCCAGCGUGGAGAAGGGCAGCAAGGCCAUUCUGUGGUCUGACAUGUGAUAGGCUGGAGACAAGUGGGCGGAGCCAUCGUCUUUGUUGAACGGCGCUCUGAAGCUGCUGAGGAAAUGGGUGGAGCUUUUAAUGUUCGGUGUCGUUUUAACUGUGACAGUAGAAGGAGCUCGCUCUGCACGCCGUCUGAUUGUUAAAGUUUUAUUGACAGCUGACGCUGAGCUGAACACUAAAGAGUGGCAAAGAGAAGGACCUGAAACAGGAAGUACUUCACAAUAAAAGUUUCUGAGCCUCAUAUGUCAGUUGGACCCAAAACAGGAAGUACUUCAUAAAGUGGUUCAGGAUGUUCUGGGAUUAAAAACGAGUUUGAGAUGUUUUUAUCUGAAAGUGUGUAACAGACACACACCAACGAAACACUAAUGUGUCUGGAACCUGAUGUGCCUCUGAGCCAACCAAUCAGAGCAAAGCUUCAGUUCUGACCAAUCAGAGGCCAAGAAGGCUUAACGCCUGCCACCUUUCCUGCCAGAGACCCAAACAAAAAUCUGUUUAAAAACCAACAAAACUUGUCAACGUAUCGUUACACGAAGUAUCAAUGUCUUAUGAAAUCGCUCAGUCUGUUUGGAAUGACCCUCAGCUACUACCACACUGGAUUUUAGCUGGAUAUCUUUAGAAUUCACUGAAAAUCCAUUGUUUGGUUUGAUUUGGCUGCGGCGACAUCAGAUUAAAAAACAAAUGUCUGUUUCGGAUAACUUGAAAUGAACGCUUGUGGUUCAACAAACUGUUUCUGUCAAUCAGUAAUCCGUCACACAAGAAGUGGGCGUGGCCUCAUUGAUUGGUUUUCUUGAUCAGAUUGUUUGUUAAUUUGGGACCUUAGUGCCAGAUGGUGCUUUUCAGUGAAACUGCAGAUUAGUGACUCCAUGUUCGGGUGACGGCGGCCAUGUUGUCCAGCAAUCUGCUGGAGAUGUGUUUUUAUUUAAUGUAUGUUGCUGCAAGGCAUUGUGGGAAGGUGUGAUUUUGUGUAUGAAGGAGAUGAGGGUAAACUGAGGAAGAGGCGGAGCUUAGGUGAUCCUGGGCAGGUCAUUAUUGAAGCUGUGCUCUGAUUGGCUGUUAGGUCUGUCACUCAUUAACCCCCAGAGAGUGACAGGAAGUCCUGGUGGAUCCUGCAGGUGAGUUCUGAUCCAGAAGCAGCAGAGAUGAAUCUGAUCAGCUGAUUGAUCCAAAUAAAACCUGUUUACCCUCAAA